UGCCCGGGUAAAAGAGCGGCGGCGGCGCUGGGCGGGGCCGAGCUCCAGGGCUGGAGACCCGGCGGCUGAGGAGCCUGUGAACCGCUGCGGAGCCGCGCGCCACUCGGGCGGGGCGGGCAGAGGGAGUCUGCGCGCGCCUGAGCUGAGCUGCGGCUCCGGCGGCUGCGCUGCUCGCCCGCGCCGUCGUCGCGCCAGGGUCUCCAGCAUGACGGAGCUGAGGCAGAGGGCAGUCCGCGAGCCGGAUGCUCCGCCCGAGGACAAGGAGUCGGAGUCAGAAGCAAGGGUAGAUGGAGAGACUGCGUCGGACAGCGAGAGCCGAGUGGAACCUGCUCCCCCGCCAGCCGCUUCAGACGAUACCCCAGAGGUUCUCAAUAGGGCCUUUUCCAAAUUGUCUUCAAGAUGGAAGAACUGGUGGGUGAGAGGCAUCCUGACCUUGGCCAUGAUCGCAUUUUUCUUCAUCAUCAUUUACAUGGGACCAAUGGUUUUAAUGAUGAUUGUGUUGUGUGUUCAGAUUAAAUGUUUCCACGAAAUAAUCACUAUUGGCUACAAUGUCUACCAUUCCUAUGACCUGCCCUGGUUCAGGACCCUCAGCUGGUAUUUUCUACUGUGUGUGAACUAUUUCUUCUAUGGCGAGACAGUGACAGAUUACUUCUUCACUCUGGUCCAGAGGGAAGAGCCUUUGAGGAUUCUCAGUAAAUACCACCGGUUCAUUUCCUUUACUCUCUAUCUGAUAGGAUUCUGCAUGUUUGUACUGAGUCUGGUCAAGAAGCAUUACCGACUGCAGUUCUACAUGUUUGGAUGGACCCAUGUAACGUUACUGAUUAUUGUAACCCAGUCACAUCUCAUUAUCCACAACCUGUUUGAAGGGAUGAUCUGGUUCAUUGUCCCUAUUUCUUGUGUGAUCUGUAAUGACAUCAUGGCCUAUAUGUUUGGCUUUUUCUUUGGUCGGACCCCUCUCAUCAAGCUCUCCCCGAAGAAGACCUGGGAAGGCUUCAUUGGGGGCUUCUUUGCUACUGUGCUGUUUGGCCUCGUGCUGUCCUAUGUGAUGUCCGGGUACAGAUGCUUUGUCUGCCCUGUGGAGUUUAACAAUGACACCAACAGCUUCACUGUGGACUGUGAGCCCUCAGACCUGUUUCGCCUGCAGGAGUACAUCAUUCCUGGGGUGAUCCAGUCGGUCAUUGGCUGGGAGACAGUCAGAAUGUACCCUUUCCAGAUUCACAGCAUUGCCCUCUCCACCUUUGCCUCGCUCAUUGGCCCCUUUGGAGGGUUCUUCGCAAGUGGAUUCAAACGAGCCUUUAAAAUCAAAGACUUUGCCAAUACCAUUCCUGGUCACGGGGGCAUCAUGGAUCGCUUCGACUGCCAGUAUCUGAUGGCCACUUUUGUCAAUGUGUACAUUGCCAGUUUUAUCAGGGGCCCUAACCCGAGCAAACUGAUUCAGCAGUUCCUGACCUUGCGGCCAGAUCAGCAGCUCCACAUCUUCAACACACUCAAGUCUCACCUGAAUGACAAGGGGAUGCUGACAGCUGCCAUGGAGGACGAGUAGGGGACCCCAGGGGCUGGAGAGCAGGAGCAGGACUGAGCGAGGGCAGGUCUCCAAGGCAAGCCCGGUUGGUGUGGCUUAGACAAUGACGAGGCUUCAACUCACUGUCUUUUUUUUUAAUUUUAUUUUUUUGUAGAAUGUUUUUUAUUUGGGGGUUUAAAAAAAUCUGUAUUUACAGCCUGUGUUUAUGAUUGGGGUUGUGAGUAAACUACAGCUUUGUGUUGGAAAGUCACAGGGGUAAAACUAUUCAGGUUUUUUAAACAAAGAAAAAUAUUGAACAACGUGGAAGACAGUGUUGCCUAGCUCAGGAAUGUCUGCUUAGUGGUUCUAUCCCCCAUCAAUUGAACUGUUUCAGGGCCGAGUCAGAGAGUGGACAUUCAUCUGUGGCCGACCAGUUCAGGGUGCUAUGCCACCUGUUUCUGGGUGCAUGGCUUGGAUGUCUUUACUGUACUGGAGAGCUUUCACCUUGGCUUCUCUAGCAAUCUGUGCCAUGGGGCUAUGGGAGGGUUGCCUUCUUUAGGCUGGAGAGAUGGAGGCUUAUUAAUCAGAUAAGCAUUCUAUCCAUGCUGAAAUCCUGCAGAGUUUAAAUAAGCUCUGCUUUAUAAUAUAGUUUCACCUUACUUCAUCACAGACUGAAAGAAGGUUUUAGUUUUUAUUUUUCUCAGAAAGCACGAAAAAUUAUUUAUAAUAGUCUGGAAAAAAAAAAACAAAACAACACACUGUAAUAUUUCAAGUGUAUGCAGUAGAAUGUACUGUAACCAAGCCCUUUCCCAAAUGUUUUAGGCUCAAAUGUCUUCUGUAAGGCAGUCUAGCUAACUGUGUCUUUUCAGGAGCAAUGCUGUUCACGUUUGUAUUAUAGACCUGCUGCUGCUGAAUCCUUCCUGGGGGCUUUCCCAUAGGCAGGGAGCAGAGGGCUUCUCGUUCAUGCACCCUUUGCCUGAACACCCAUGUAGCUGCUCUGUUGUGUAUAUAUUACCUUUGACAGUGUAUAUGUCUGUGUGUGUGUUUUAAAAGUCACUUAUUUCUUAUUGUAAUUUCAAUUGUACCAUUACUUCUUUAUUGAAACCACAAAGUCCUGCUUAAAACUAUGGAAAACCUAACCUGAUUAGAGACUUGACUAUUCUGAAGAUUAAAUGCACACUUUUAUAUAAUGUGACCAUUUAAGUGUAGUUUGUAUUUUGCUGGGGGGCCUUUUGUUGUUUUUUGUUUAAACUGUGAUUUAUUUUUUUUUCCCCUCCCUGAUUCUAGGGGCGAGAUUGAUUUGGGAAGACAAAUGAGUUCUUUGUCAGGCCAACAAGCAAUGGAGUGUGGGAGAGAGAAUGUGGUGUCCAGAUGUGUUGAAUUAUUCCGUGCCAUGGUUGUUUUCAUUGUCAGUGAGGGUGUAGAGACUUGCUUCAGCACCGUGGUCUAGUGGUGGUUUGUGGUGGUAUUGUUUUGAAGUUAGCCUUACUGCUUUCCUGAAAGCUCACGGUCAGCCCACAUCACUGAAGUGUCCAGAGAGGACAGAGCCCUUUCAGCUUACGUGUUAUUGUGUGACCUCCUGCAUGUGUGCAGGGUUGCAGCAGCUUCUUUCCUCUGAACAUUUACUUCCAUUUUCCGCCUUGUGGAUUUUCUUUUUCAUGUCCAAGUCCCCCUUAAAAACAAUGUGUUAUUGUAAGGAGUUUCCAUCCUGGCCAUGUGACCCUGGGCAGGAUGCAUCACUCUCAGGGUCCCCAUUUUCUGAACUGUCAUCUAAUUCUACUCUUCGGUGAUUCUGGCUGAGCAAGUUCAUGUCACCAGAAGCUCCAUGGUUAUUGAGUCAUGUCCUGGGCACCCAUAAAGGAAGUGCUUUCAGGCCUUUUCUCGAUGCGUGUCAUUAAGAUUACUCAGUAGCUAAGCAACAAAUCUUAAACAGUGAAGGUGAUUAGUAAUGAAACUGUAGCUUUCUGAUUGAAGAUUGAACCUGGAUCACCAAACUAGACACAGAAGGGUAAGGGUGCCUCAUUUGUCUCUUGUUGCCCCAUUGUGGGCAUAUGGUGGGGUCCUGAGAGCAGAGAGUCUCAGCUGGGGCCCAGCCACAGAGACCUACUCGAAUAAGGCUGCCUUUGGGAUCAGGGAGGCUGGCAACAGCAGGUGAGGCUCAUGUUCCUUUGUGGAAUUUGGUGCUGAUGGGGGGUCCCGGGAAUCAGAGAGUCAGUUUGGGUUUGAUUUUAAUCUCGUUUCUCACAUCCUUCUGGUGAAAUAAGAGGGAUUUCCCAGUCAGGUAGCCAGAAGAGCGUCACCACCUUGUGUCUGUAUAGCAUGUUUCUCUUUCUCCUAUUUACAGGCAAGAUUCAGGAGACUGUUUUAGCAUACACCCAUGUGGAUCUUAAUGAAUGGCAUAACUUGCUAUAGCCCCAUUUUUUGUCAAAUAAAAUAUGACUGAAACUGUAUGCCCUCCCUUUUCAUGAAUUCAGUGUUUAUCACUUCCAUGCAAGGUUUUAUUUUUCUUGUUGUUCAUGUAUUCAGUAUUGUGUCAUCCUGAGAUUUUUGUUUUAUUCUCCAAUUUGUCUCCUGUACAUCCUCACAACAGUCUACGCAAGAACCUCAGGUGAGCGUCGUGAGCACCUUACUGGGGGGAGCUUCCGCAGGGUCACACGGUGCA